AUGGGUAAGAACACAACCGACUACCAGCCAGCUCACCCACUCUCCGCUCAACCCUACUGUCUCGAUUUCGAGACCGUUUCGCGGGACCUCCACGUCUCGAUUGAGAAUGGACUUUCGCCACAAGAGGCUGCGACGCGACUCCAGAGCUAUGGACACAACAAACUUGAUGCGGAAGAGGGGGUCAAUGUCAUUGGGAUUCUGGUGAGACAGACCGCGAAUGCCAUGAUCUUGGUUUUGAUCUUGGCUAUGGCUGUUUCGUUUGGAAUUCGGUCUUGGAUCGAGGGUGGUGUUAUCGCGUUCGUUAUUGCCUUGAACGUCGUGAUCGGAUUCGUCCAGGAGUACAAGGCACAGAAGACGAUGGACUCUCUCCGUUCUCUCUCCUCGCCUACUGCCCACGUCAUCCGCAACGGCGACGACGUUACCGUCGCUUCUCAGGAACUCGUCCCCGGUGACCUUGUCGUUUUGGUCACGGGAGACACCAUCCCCGCAGACCUCCGUCUCACCGAGACCCAGAACUUGGAGUCCGAUGAGGCUCUUCUCACCGGUGAAUCCGUCCCCGUCUCGAAGAAAGCCGAGGCUGUCUUCGAUGACGACGAAAUCCCCGUCGGUGACCGCACCAACAUGGCGUUCUCUUCUGCUACGGUCACCAAGGGUCGUGCACGCGGUAUCGUCGUCGCGACCGGUAUGCAGACUCAGAUCGGUGCGAUCGCGAAGGCUAUGCGUGGCGACAGCAACAAAGUCCGUCCCGUUAAGCGCAAGGAGGAUGGAACCGCAUCUCCCAAGGCCUACGCAAAGGCCUACACCCUCACCGUCGGAGACUGGAUUGGUGCGUUCCUCGGUACCAACGUCGGAACCCCCCUCCAGAAGAAGCUUGCCCGUUUGGCUAUUCUCCUUUUCGGUAUCGCCGUCGUUUUCGCAAUCGUCUGUCUUGCCGCAAACGGAUUUGACAAUAACUCCGAUAUCAUCAUUUACGCCAUCGCUACCGGUCUUUCCAUGAUUCCUGCUUCCCUCGUCGUCGUGUUGACCAUCACCAUGGCCGUCGGUACGAAGCGUAUGGUUCAGCGUAACGUCAUCGUCCGCAAGCUCGACUCCCUCGAGGCUUUGGGCGCUGUCACCGAUGUGUGCUCUGACAAGACUGGAACCCUCACCCAGGGAAAGAUGGUUACUCGUAAGGCUUGGAUUCACAAUGUUGGAACUUACACCGUUGGCGAGAACAAUGAGCCUUUCAACCCUACUCUUGGUGGUGUUUCGUUCUCGGAGAUGAACCCUACUGAGUUGUGGAAUAAGGAGGCGAAUGUUGGCGAAGAGGCUUCUGAGCCGAAGGAUCUGGUUGAGGGAAACCCGCAUUUGGAGGCGUAUCUCAAUACUGCUUCGUUGGCUAACAUUGCUACUGUCCGCAAGGAUGAUGGUUCUGGCGAGGAUCCUUCUGAGAAGGGCAAGUGGAAGGCUACUGGUGACCCGACUGAGAUUGCUAUUCAGGUUUUUGCUCACCGCUUCGACUGGGGUCGUCAGCGCUGGGUUCAGGGAUCCAACCCCCGUUGGACUCAGCUCGCCGAGUACCCCUUCGACUCUGACGUCAAGCGCAUGGCCACCGUCUUCAAGGACAACGAGAAGAACCAGACCAUGGUCUUCUUGAAGGGUGCCGUCGAGCGUAUCAUGGAGAAGUGUCCCACCAUCGGUAUCGAGGACAAGCAGGAGCCCUUGACUGAGGAGAUCAAGGAGCUCGUGUUGAAGAACAUGGAGGCAUUGGCUAAGCAGGGUCUUCGUGUUCUUGCUUUGGCGCAGAGGACUUGGACUGAGAACAACUCUUGGGACGAUUACCCCAGAGACAAGGUCGAGGAGGAGAUGACUUUGCUUGGAUUGGUCGGUCUGUACGACCCUCCCAGACCCGAGUCUCUCGGUGCCGUGAAGAAGUGUCACCAGGCUGGUAUCAACGUUCACAUGCUUACUGGUGACCACCCUGGAACCGCCCGUGCUAUCGCUAAGGAGGUCGGUAUCUUGCCUGAGGACAUGGAGGUCUUGCCUCGUGAUGUCGUUUCUUCUAUGGUCAUGACUGCUACAGAGUUCGACCGUCUCUCUGACGACGAGAUCGAUGCUCUUCCCGUUUUGCCUCUGGUUAUUGCCCGUUGUGCGCCGCAGACUAAGGUCCGUAUGAUCGAUGCUUUACACAGGCGUAAGGCUUUCGCUGCUAUGACUGGUGACGGUGUCAACGACUCUCCAUCUCUCAAGCGUUCCGAUGUCGGUAUUGCUAUGGGUAUGGCCGGAUCUGACGUAGCCAAGGAUGCCUCCGACAUUGUCUUGACUGACGACAACUUUGCUUCCAUUCUCAACGCUAUCGAGGAGGGUCGCAGGAUGUUCGACAACAUCCAGAAGUUCGUCUUGCACUUGCUCGCCGGUAACGUCUCUCAGGCGCUUUACCUCCUCAUCGGUCUUGCUUUCAAGGACACUGCCAACCGUUCUGUUUUCCCUCUUUCUCCUAUUGAGAUCUUGUGGAUCAUUAUGAUUACUUCUUCGUUCCCCGCUAUGGGUCUUGGUAUGGAGCGUGCUGCUCCUGAUGUCAUGCGUCGCGCUCCUCACUCGUUGAAGACUGGUGUCUUCACCUGGGAGGUUGUUAUCGACAUGGUCGUUUACGGUACUUGGAUGGCUACUAUCUGUAUCGCUUCUUUCGUCCUCAUUGUCUGGGGCGUUGACAAUGGUGAGCUCGGCUACGGUACGUGCAAUGACCGCAACGACCCCAUCUGUGACUCUGUCUUCCGUGCUCGUUCCGCUACUUUCGCGCAGUUGACCUGGUUCCUCGUCUUCCUUGCUUGGGAGUUGGUUGACAUGCGCAACUCUCUUUUCCGUCGCGCUGAUGGUAAGCCCUGGUACAACAUCACUUACCAGUGGGCUAUUGACGUUUGGCAGAACCAGUUCUUGUUCUGGUCUGUCAUCCUUGGCUUCGUCACUGUUUUCCCCGUCAUCUACAUUCCUGUAAUCAAUGACGUUGUCUUCAAGCACAAGGGUAUCUCUUGGGAAUGGGCUGUGGCCUUCGUCGGACUGAUUCUCUUCUUGAUCGGCGUUGACGUGUGGAAGUGGUGCAAGCGUGUUUACUUCCGCCACUUUGGCGACAACAGGGCUCACAACCCCGAGGAGGAUCUCGAGAAGGGCGCCCUCUCUCCCUUUGCCAAGUACGCUUCCGUUGGAAGGGUCAGCACUAUGUCUGGCCAGCUUUAG